AGCGGGUUUUCUCUCCGGGAAAGAACAGAAACAGACAGCGGGUUUGUUGAGCGCGGGGUCGCUUCAGCCUUACAUGCACACGCACUAAAUAGUAAUUGACAAGCGAGGAGAGAUGUACGGUACUCACCUGGCGCAGGAAAGUGCGGCACCCCUCAUCUUAUCAACGCUUUUGCGGAAGAAGCAACUACAACUGCCUCUGAAGGACGUUUUGCUGAGCAGCGCACACCCGCGCUCCCUCGCACAAAUUUUACGGAAGUCGCACGAUCGCAGCGUGUCAAAGCCGGCAUCGGCGCUUUCACACCGGCACUUCGCUAAUGAGAGAAGCGCGAGUCUCUUGACAGACUUGCCCGGGUUCUCUCCGAUACCGUCGGCUUCCCCGGUUUUGCAGAUUGUGGCGCUCUCUGCGGCACAAACGGAGCUGCGUCGAGCGCAUGACACGAUGACAUCCCUCCCGCUCACUCUCCCUGAAGUCUCAGGCCUUUUCCGAGUGAAGCAUCGCGAGCGGCUCCCGACUAGUUCUGGGACUGCCGUUGCCGCAAUCGGAGAUGCCCCUUUAGCACUAGUAGAAGGCAGGCCCGUUCACAGCGUCCAGCGCGAGAGCUUCAACCUUUACUGUACACCUGGAAGCAAAGAUUUAAUGGUGGUGGACGCCUCAGCCGGUUCGUCCAACGAGGGGUUUUUGUGGGAAGCGUUAUUUGUGGCCGAAUGCGUGCUGAACGAGCAAGGCACGUUGCUGGUCGUCUCACCUCAUUCCUUCUCGCAGCGCAUGCGCCGCUUUCUGAAGUGGCGCUUCCGCAGCGCCCAUUACGCGCCGGCCCCGCACGGCGAUGGGCACUACGUACAGUGCACCGCCUUGGCGUCCGACUUCGGUGCUUCCUCGGUCCGGCGAGAUGACUUUCCCGGCUUCGUCUCGGGUACACAGCGACGUCCGCGGAGGUGGAAUCCGUACCGCAGAGAGGAGGCGAAGAAGUUUGUGAUGUCAGUGCGGCCCGGCUUCACUAACGCUGCUCGCACGAAGGAUGCGCUGCUGCGCCACGUGGCCCGUGAGAAGGAGCGCGAUGCGGCGCUGCGCGACGCCGACGACGCCUUUUUUGCGGUGGCACACGAGAUGGUGGAGAAGGGUUCGCAUUAUUCGCAGCCAACCGAUUGA